AUGAUUUGCCGAGUGUUUGGCCGAGCUUUCAAGACCACGGUCGUCUUUGAGUCAAGGUUCCGAAAGAUGAUCGAGUUCACCAAGAUACACCCGUCCUACCCGUGGCUCUCCUUUCCGGAGUUCCGGGAGGCGUUCCUGUGGCUUCAGGAGGAGCGAAGUUUCGCCAACCGGACAGGUGGAGAGAGCCCCGAGGUGUCCACCAACUCCGCUUUGGAGUCUGAGAAGCUGUUCCAGAAGCACAGCAGCACGCAGGCAGACCCCAAGACAGGCGUCAUUGGCGUGGGUAUGGAGGACUACGAAGCCUUGCUUUUCCGCAUGCUCACCUUCAUGCUGGCCAGCGGCGAGGUGGAGGUCACCUCCAGCAGCCCCAAGGCCGGGGAGGAGCGUGACAAGCGCUGGCGCGAGGAGUUCCUGAAGAAGAACUCCCAAAGGUUCCAGGAGGUGUACCGCAAGGGCCGGAAGCUGGGGGAGGGCAGCUUCGGUGCUGUGUAUGAGGUGGCGCAUCGAUCCAAUGAGACCAGCAUUCGCGUGUGCAAGGUGAUCCAGAAAACCAGCGCGGACAAGGUGUUGAUGCUUCACGAACUGCAAUCGCAUGACUGCUUGAAGAUCAUGGUGCUGGAGGCAUUCAACCUCAGGCGUAGAGUCGUGGGUUUAUUUGGUUCAUUAACCAUGCCUUCGGCCAUGGCCGAGAUCUGCGCCGGUUUGCGCCGUGUCCUGCUGGCCUUUGUGCCGGCGCCGAGCGCGCGAUCGCCUGCGCCCCUCGCGGCAGCGGCGAACGAGGUGCCGAAGGUCCAUGCCCAACCCGCGCCGGCGCCGCAGGUGCUGGCCCCACCGGCCCCAGCGCCGACCCUUCUGCAGCAGCAAUUCCUUGAGGAGGAGAAGGCCGCCAAGCAGAAGGUGCAAGACCUGGUGAAGCGCUAUCGCGCGAUGAAUGGGGGCCCCAUGAACAGGAUGCAGCAGAUUGAGGUUGACAAUCUGUUCCGGUCACUGAUUAAGACCGCGCAGUUGAAGAAGAUGGAAGGCGAGGAGGAGGAAGCAAGGAGCCAGGCAUUGGCGGCCUGA